AACCCGCAUAGUCGUACGCGUAGUAGCAGCAGCAGGCUCUUCUCGAUUCUUUACCUCCCCUCCCUUUCUCUUGCCGCUGCAGAGCAGAACGACACGCGCAUCUCCCUCCCCCCUCCAUCCCUCCCUCCCCGAUACGAUUGCUCCCCUACCGAUCGCGCCCUCAAAACCCUAACCGCUUUACUCGGCGGCGACUGCCGGAGACGGCGGCGGCGUAGCGAUCCUCUCCCCGGCGGAGGCGGACCACGCGGCGGGCUCCCUCGCCUGGCGAUGCGAAUUGCGGGAUGAAGCUCAAGCGGCGACGCGCGGUGGAAGUGCCUCCAAAUAUAAAAUCCUUCAUAGAAAGUGUCACCGCCACUCCUCUCGAGAAUGUAGAAUUGCCGCUGAAGGAUUUUGCAUGGGAAUUUGACAAGGGGGAUUUCCAUCACUGGGUGGAUCUUUUCAAACACUUUGAUUCCUUUUUUGAGACUAAUAUCAAAUCUAGGAAGGAUUUACAGCUUGAAGAUAAUUUUCUUGAUUUGGAUCCCCCAUUUCCUAGGGGAGCAGUCCUUCAAAUUCUUCGAGUAUCAAGAGUAAUAUUGGAAAAUUGCACAAAUAGACACUUCUAUAAUUUUUUUGAGUUGCAGCAGCAUCUGUCUGCUCUUCUUGCAUCUACAGAUGCAGAUAUUGUUGAAGCAAGCUUGCAGACAUUAAUGGCAUUUGUAAACAAGUCAAUUGGGAAAAGCUCUAUACUCAGUACAUCUCUCACUUUGAAGUUAUUUGCCUUCUCUCAAGGUUGGGGUGGAAAAGAAGGCGGCCUUGGAUUAAUAGUGUGCUCUGUACCCAGAGGAUCUGAUCCAGUUUGCACUGAGAUUGGCUCGACUCUCCAUUUUGAGUUUUAUCGUGGUGUUGAUAUAUCAGAGAAAUCCCAGUCUGGAGAUAAAGAGCCCAGGCUGGAAGUCAUUCAUUUAUCAAAUGUCAAUACCUACAAGGAGACUGAUCUUGAAAUAUUGGACAAGUUGGUCAAGGAUUACAGUGUGCCGCCAGUUCUAAGGUUCCCUCUUUUUACAAGAUUGAGGUUUGCAAGGGCAUUCGACUCUUUGACAUGUCGACGCCAAUAUAUCUGCAUCCGCCUGUAUGCCUUUAUUGUUCUUGUUCAAGCGGGCCAUGAUGCUGAAGAUCUAUCAUCAUUUUUGAACAAUGAACCAGAAUUCAUUGAUGAACUGUUAUCUCUGCUUAGCUACGAGGACGAAAUACCAGAAAAAAUAAGGAUACUCGGAAUCCUUUCAUUAGUUGCUUUGUGCCAAGAUCGAUCUCACCAGCCUACUGUAUUGUCCUUGGUAACUGCUGGUGGCCAUCGUGGUAUCCUUCCUAGUCUUAUGCAGAAGGCAGUUGAUUCUAUCAUCAGUGGUUCUAUGAAAUGGUCCAUAAUAUUUGCUGAAGCACUCCUCUCUCUUGUAUCUAUGCUGGUAUCAUCAACCCCAGGUUCUCUAGCUCUUCAAGAAGCAGGCUUUAUACCCACCAUUUUACCUCUUCUCAAAGACACAAACUCACAGCAUUUGCACCUAGUUAGUAUGGCGGUGCAUGUCAUUGAGAGCUUCCUGGAUUAUCACAACCCCUCUUCUGCAUUGUUCAGAGAUCUAGGUGGACUAGAUGAUACUAUUGCACGCCUUAAGAUAGAAGUAUCGCAAGUUGAGAUCGAUUCUAUGAAAUCUGAAGAGUCUCAGUCUGUUAAUAAAGGGAAAGAGGUUGAAAGUUGUUCACUUGUGCCAGAUGUACAGCCUUCGUGCUCUGAAACCUUGAUUUCAUAUAAUAGGAAGAACUUAAUGAAAGUUUUACUGCGUACAAUAUCUCUAGCAAUAUAUGUGCCUGGUAGCUCUGCUCGUAUUGAUGGUUCAGAAGAGAAUGUGUUGCCCCCAUGUUUAUGCACAAUUUUUAGGAGAGGCAAGGACUUCGGUGGUGGUGUUUUCUCACUUGCUGCAAAUGUCAUGAGUGAUCUCAUACAUAAAGAUCCAACUUGCUAUACUGUUCUCGAUGCAGCUGGUUUGCCACAAGCAUUUCUUGAUGCCAUAAUGGGUGGUGUACUUUACAACUCUGAUGCAGUCUCAUGUAUACCACAGUGUUUGGAUGCAUUAUGUUUAAACAGCAGUGGGCUUCAAUUGGUAAAGGACCACAGUGCUUUAAGAUGCUUUGUGAAAAUCUUUACCUCCCGAUCAUAUCUGAAAGCUCUUAGCGGGGACACAACAGGGGCCUUAUCAAGUGGACUGGAUGAAUUAAUGCGCCAUGCAUCAUCAUUACGUUCCUCUGGAGUUGACAUGUUUAUUGAAAUCUUGAACACUAUUGCAAAAGUUGGGUGUGGUGGAGACUCUAAUUCUUGUAUGGAGUCUGAUAAAUCCUCUGCAGCUGUUCCCAUGGAUACUGAUGUGGAGGGAGCUAAGUCACAGAAUGAGGGUGUAACCUCUGAGGUGGGAAGCUCAGGGAAAAUGGUUGAUGCUCCUGUAGAUGUUACACCAUCAUCUUCCAUCGAGUCGUUUCUCCCUGAGUGCAUAUGCAAUGUUGCUCGUCUCCUUGAAACUGUGCUGCAAAAUACUGACACAUGUAGGUUGUUCAUUGAGAAAAAGGGAAUUGAAUCUGUUCUUCAACUGUUUAAAUUGUCAUCAAUACCUGUAUCUGUUUCAAUUGGUCAGGGUAUUUCUGUUGCAUUCAAAAACUUCUCACCUCAGCAUUCUGUUUCUCUGGCUCGAGCAGUGUGCUCAUUUUUAAGAGACCAUCUUAAGUUAACCAAUGAACUGUUGGGUUUAAUCUCUGGAAUUAAGCUGGUUGGUAGUGAACCUGCGAAGCAAUCAACUCUCCUGAAAUCACUUUCUACUCUUGAAGGGCUUUUGUCUCUUGCCAACUUUCUUCUGAAGGGAACUACCAUUAUGGUCUCAGAAUUGGCUUUUGCUGAUGCUGAGAUAUUGAAGGAAUUGGGGAAGGUAUAUAUCGAAGUCACAUGGCAGAUAUCUUUACUCAGUGAUUCCAAGGUGGAUAAGCAAGAUGAGGAUCAAGAUGAUGUGCCUGGGGAUGCUUCAAUUUCUAAUGCAUCUGAAAGGGAUAGCGAUGAUGACACAAAUGAAGCAUCAGUUGCAAGAUAUAUGAAUCCUGUUUCAGCAAGAUCUUCUGUUUCACCCUGGAGCAUGGAGCAAGAUUUUGUAUCAGCAGUGCGAUCAGCUGCCAACCUGCACCGCCAUGGUCGGCACUCGCUAUCAAGGAUACGUGGGCGCCUAAGUGCGGCAUUGGAUGCAACACACACUGACAUGGAAGGUCCUUUUUCUCCAGCGGAGAGUUCUAGAAGUCAAGAUACUUCAAGAAAAAGUUCCGAUGCUGUUGUUUCUGAACUAAUGACGAAACUUGGAUACACUAUGCGUUCCUUCCUCUCUACCCUUGUCAAAGGAUUACCAGCUUGCCGACGGGCUGACUCUAAUCUGAGCCCAGCUUCAAGAAGCCUUGUGACUGCACUUGCACAACUUUUUCUUUGUGCUCUUGGUUACUCUGGACAUUCUACUGCUGUAUUUGAGAUGUCAUUAUCUGUUAAAUGUCGGUACCUUGGAAAGGUUGUGGAAGACAUGGCUGCGCUUAGCUUUGACAGCAGGCGUCGUUCAUGUAGUUCUGCACUCGUUAAUAGUUUUUAUGUAAAUGGAACAUUCAAGGAAGUUUUAACUACAUUUGAAGCUACCAGUCAGCUACUAUGGACGCUUCCGUUUUCUAUUCCAGCUCCGGGCACAGAUCAAAUUUCCUCUAUCAGUGUCAGUUCCUGGCUACUGGAUACAUUACAGAGUUAUUGUAAACUGCUGGAAUACUAUGUGAACUCUACAUUCUUAUUGUCUCCGUCUUCUUCCCAUAAUCAGCUUCUGGUCCAGCCCAUCGUAACCAAGCUGUCAAUUAAUCUAUUUCCUGUGCCCUCAGAGCCAGAAUCAUUUGUUCGCAUGCUCCAAUCUCAAGUCCUGGAAGCAGUUCUUCCUGUCUGGAAUCACACAUUGUUUCCUGAGUGCAGCCCAGCUCUGAUUGCCUCCCUGGUCUCCAUUAUGAACCAAAUAUGCUCUGGUGUUGGAGAUCUAAAGCAAAGCUGCAGUAAUGUCAGAGCUUCCAACCAGCGUGUUACUAGCCCCCCUCUUGAUGAGUCUACUAUUGCUACAAUUGUUGAAAUGGGUUUUUCAAGAGCUAGGGCAGAAGAAGCUCUGAGAAGCGUCAGAACUAACAGUGUUGAGAUGGCAACAGAUUGGUUGUUCAGUCAUCCAGAAGAAUUUGUUCAAGAAGAUGUGCAGCUUGCACAGGCAUUAGCUUUGUCACUUGGAAGCUCCAUUGAGACACCCAAGGAGGAGGGCAGCAACAAGAAUGAUGCAGCUAUUGCAGAAGAUAAAGGUGUAGUCGUGCUCCCUUUGGAUGACAUUCUUACUGUAUCAACAAAGCUUUUCUGCUCUAGUGAUUCCAUGGCUUUCCCAUUGACUGACCUUCUGGUGACACUAUGCAACCAGAAUAAGAGGGAAAACUGCCAGCGGGUAGUACUGUAUCUUUUUGAGCAACUAAAAUGUUUUCCAUCAGAUUCCUCAGCUGAUAUGGGUGCUUUGUAUUCCAUUGCCCAUUUGUUGGCUUUACUUCUAAGUGAAGACAGUGGCAUACGUGAAAUUGUUGCAAAAAAUGGUACCAUCCCUCAUGUUCUUAAUACAUUAGAAAACCUUAAAUCAAAGACGGCCCAGACAGAUCAGACUUGGAGUUGUGUCAGUGCUUUGUUACUUAUAUUGGAUAACAUGCUACAGUUUGAUCCAAAGCUCAGUAUGGAAACACUGGAAGGUACAUCCAAGUCAGCUUCUGAUGCAUCCAGUUCUGACAGCAAGGUGAAUCCAGCACCAAAUGCUGAAAAUAAAACUGAAAUAAUAGAUUCAGAAAAUUAUGCAAGUGCUAAUGUGUUUGAAAAGAUUUUGGGGAAGUCUACCGGCUAUCUGACUGAUCAAGAGAGCCAAAAGGCACUGACUUUCUGCUGUGAAUUCAUCAAGCAACAUGUGCCGGCAAUAGUUAUGCAAGCUAUUCUGCAGCUCUGUGCCCGCUUGACAAAGACACAUGUUCUUGCUGCCCAGUUCUUUGAAAGUGGUGCCCUAGCAUUUCUCUUAAAUCUUCCAAGAUCUUGCAUCUUCCCUGGAUUUGAGACCUUAGCAUCUACCAUCGUGCGCCACCUCAUCGAGGAUCCUCAGACCUUGCAGAGUGCCAUGGAACUGGAGAUACGACAGUCAUUAAGUACCCGCGGCAGUCGUACUCCACGCUCAUUUCUGACAAAUAUGGCACCACUGAUAUCUAGAGAUCCUGUGAUCUUCAUGAGGGCUGUAACUUCAGUCUGCCAAUUAGAUUCUUCAGGAGGUAGAACAAAUGUAGUCUUGUUGAAGGAUAAGGAGAAAGAUAGGGAGAAACAGAAAGUUUCUUCAACUGAAAGUGGUGCACCUUGUAAUGAUCCUGUUCGGGUGACUUCUGAUAUUAAGUCAGUUGAUACACCAAACAGAUGUUUACGGAACAACAAAAAGGUUCCUGCUAGCCUUUCUCAAGUGAUUGAUCAGCUUCUGGAGAUCAUUAUGAGCUAUCCAUCUGCAAACAAAGAACAGGGCUUUCAUGUUUCUUCCUUGUUGGCUCCGAUGGAUGUUGAUGAACCAAACACAAAGGGGAAAACUAAAGUUGAUGAUGGGCAAGAGCUUGAUGGCGAUGCCCUCUCUGAGAGACGUGCCUUGCCAUCAAAGUUAGCAUUUGUCCUUAAGUUGAUGAGCGAGAUACUCCUCAUGUAUGUGCAUGCGGCAGGGAUAAUUCUGCGACGAGAUACGGAGAUAUCGCAAUCACGAAGUUGCGAUCAAGGAGCUGGACACAGUGGCUUACUGCAUCAUAUAUUCCGUCUAUUGCUUCCCCUAUCUUCUGGCAGAACUGCCAAUGUCUCAGAUGAUUGGUUGGGGAAGUUGCCUGAGAGAGCCUCUUGGUUCUUGGUAGCGUUAUGUUGCAGAUCUGCUGAAGGUCGUAGAAGGGUUAUUUCUGAAAUUGUGAAGGCAUUUUGCUAUUUCAUUGAUUCAGCAAGCAGUACCUCCAGAGGAUCUUUGAUGCCUGAUAAAAAAGUUUUAGCUUUCUCUGAGCUGGUAAAUUCAAUAUUGUCUCGAAAUAGUCAGAGCAACUUGCCUGUUCUUGGUUGCUCACCUGAUAUUGCCAAACCUAUGAUAGAUGGCAGAAUGGUGCAAUCUCUUUCUGGUUUGCUGAAAGUGAUUGAUCUGGACCACCCGGAUGCUCCAAAGGUUGUCAAUCUUAUAUUGAAGGCCUUGGAUAGCCUUACUAGGACUGCAUACGCAAGUGAUCAAGUCCUUAAGUUGGAUCAAUAUAACAAGAACAGAUUACCAGGGUCACAUGAACAAAUGCAUGAUGCUGAUGAAGCAGCAAUCCAUGAACAAAGCACAGGCAACAGACAUCAUACUGAUGAUGCCAUCCAAUCUACAAGUCAGCAAGCCCAAGAACUGUCUCAUUUUGAUGCUGACAAUAACACUAACCAUGACCAACCUGUUGAACAAGAAAUGGGAGUUGAUCAAGCAGAGAAUACUUCUGGUGGUAAUCAUCAAAUGAAUGGUGUGGAGUUCAUGCAGGAGGAAACCGUUGAAGGUAAUGUGAUGGCUACUGGUACUGAUGUUGGUUUGGCUUUCCCAGUGCAACAUCAAGGUGAUGAUGAAAUGGGUGAGGAGGAUGAAGAGGACGAGGAUGAGGAUGAGGAUGAUGAGGAAAUAGCAGAUGAAGGAGUUGGUUUGAUGUCAAUAGCUGAUACAGAUAUUGAGGACCAGGAGAACACUGCCAUUGGUGACGAAUACAAUGAUGACUUGAUGGAUGAAGAAGAUGACGACUUUCUUGAGAACCGUGUCAUAGAAGUGAGAUGGAGGGAGAGCUUAACUGGAAUGGAUCAUCAUCUGAGAUUUUCCAGAGGUCGUGCAGACUCAAAUGGUUUUAUAGAUAUAUCCUCUGAGUCCUUUCAAGGUGCAGGGACCGAUGAUUCAUUGAAUCUGCAUCGUCCGUUUGGUCUUGAGCACCGCCGCCAAAGUGGAGGUAGAUCUUUUCUUGAUCGACAGAGGUCUGAUGGGAAUGCUUUUCUGCAUCCAUUGCUUGUCAGGCCAGCUCAGUCUAGAGCGGGAACUGGUUCAGCUUGGCCCUCUAGUGGAACCUCCUCAAGAGAUUUUCACACACUGUCUUUUGGGAAUUCAGAUACCCCCUUGUACAUGUUAGAUGCUGGGUUUCCACCAGAAACCGCUCCCCCUGUGUUUGGUGAGCGUGCUGUAAGUACUGCUCCACCACCUUUGAUAGAUUUCUCACUUGGUAUGGAAUCCCUCCAAAUGAGGCGGGGCCCUGGAGACAAUUUAUGGACUGAUAAUGGUCUACCACAGGCAGGUAAUCAUGCAGUUUCUGUUGCCCAGGCACUAGAGGAUCAAUUUGUGUCGCAGUUAACUGUGGCUAGUAAUUCAAAUGAUGCUUUUCAGAUGCAGCCUGAACAGAAUGGCAACGACGGGAAUCCACAUGUGCCAUUACCAGAUACUGAUAAAGCAGAACCUGCAGCCGAUUCUCCUGCUCAACCUGUUGGUAGUCAUCAGCAAAUUUAUACAGUUAACCAAGGGCCUGCUCCUUCAAAUGAUGGUCUCUGUCCUACAAAUGUGCAAGUAGAUCAACAGUCGGUUGAUGCUGUGCAUGAUAAUCAUGUUGAAGAAGCAACACAGCAAACAGCAGUUGAUCAUCAUAAUGCUAUAGCUCAGAGUGAUGAAAUAGUUUCUAUUGCUGAUAGACAGCAGGGUGAUUGUCCUCAAAGAGAUUCCUUGUCUGGUAAUCAAAGUUAUGAUCAUAUAAUGCAUAAUGAGAUAGAAGCACCUCAACUAGUACAGUUGAGUAAUGAUCCUAGGGAAGCCCCGUCUAAUCUGGAGUCAAGCUGCCACGUGCUUCUUACUUCUGCAAGUGCUGCUCCUGAGCUGAGCGAUGCUAAUGUGGAUUCUACCGCAGUGAAUGUUGAUGUUGACAUGGACAGUGUUGAUAUUGCUGAAAAUGAAGUUGGGAACUCAGCUCCUGGUUCUGAUGUCAAUGAUCUGUCUUCUAGGAGAGAUGAAGAAGCUCUUCAAGAGCCUAUUCAGACAGAGCAAGUGAAUGCUAACAAUGAGGCCUCUAGUGCAAAUGAAAUUGAUCCCACAUUUCUUGAAGCGUUGCCUGAGGAUCUUCGUGCAGAAGUCCUUGCUUCUCAGCAGAACCGUUCUGCCCCAACUGCUUCCUAUACUCCACUAGCUGCAGAAGAAAUAGAUCCUGAGUUUUUAGCUGCUCUUCCACCAGACAUACAAGCCGAGGUUCUAGCCCAGCAGCGAGCACAGAGUAUUGCUCACUCCCAAUCGGUUGGGCAGCCUGUAGAUAUGGAUAAUGCUUCAAUUAUAGCAACUUUCCCUCCUGAUUUACGCGAAGAGGUGCUUUUGACCUCAUCAGAAGCAGUUCUGUCUGCCCUUCCUUCAGCUUUACUAGCUGAAGCUCAAAUGCUACGGGACAGAGAAUUGAGUCGAUACCGUGCUAGAGGAAGCCUUUUUGGUGGAAGCUACAGGCUUGGAGGGAGGAGGUUAACGGGUGAUAAUCAGACAGUUAUAGAUAGGACUGAUGGUAGAAGGGUUAUUUCUGUCACACCAGGCAGUUCAAAGAGUAAAGAUGCAGAAAGGACCCCCCUUUUGGAUUCAGAUGCUCUACGAGCUCUUAUUCGCCUUCUGCAACUGGCUCCACCACUCAGCAAAGGCCUUCUUCAAAGGCUUCUGUUCAAUCUAUGUGCACACAGUGUCACACGUAUUAUCUUGGUUGGCCAUUUGCUCAACAUGAUUAAACCUGAAUCUGAGGGGCUUAGUAGAUCGGACUGCAUGGAUCCAUAUAGAUUACAUGGGUGUCAGUGGAACAUUGUAUAUGCACAACCACACUGUCCAGAUGGUUUGCCUCCACUUGUGACACGGCGACUUCUUGAAACCCUGACAUACCUUGCUUCUAACCAUCCAUCUGUUGCGGAUCUUUUGGUCCACUUCAGUCCUGCAAGUUCGAACUGUUUGACACUACAUCAUAGUAAAGAGACAUCUCAAGAAAAUCCAUCAUCAGACAUGAUGCAACCAUCUUCGAAGGGUUAUGCACCUAUUCUAUUGUUUCUUAAACUCCUAAAUAAACCCUUAUUUCUACGCAGUCGAGUAUAUCUUGAGCAGGUGAUGUGUUUGCUGGAAGUAGUGGUCAACAAUGCUGCCUCCAAAGUUGAUUAUCCAUCUUGUUCUGCACAAAUUCCUAAUUGUUCAGAUGCUGACUUGAUUAAUGGGGCACCAUCUCAAGCACAGGCGGAACCGUCUACUCUGGAGGAAGUUCAUAUCCAGGAUAAUAACCAAAGAAAAGAUGUUGAGUUGCAAGCAUCAGGUGCUAGACAGGAUGUUAAUGUGCGCGAUAUUCUUACUCAGCUUCCUGAUGCUGAAUUACAUAACUUGUGCAAUAUUCUUGCACUUGAGGGUCUUCCAGAUAAAGUGUACUCACUUGCUGCUGAGGUGGUGAAAAAAUUGGCUACUGUUGCAGCAUCACAUCGGAAAUUCUUCUCCAUUGAGCUAGCUGCUGUUGCUCAGAGCCUAAGUUCUUCUGCAGUAGAGGAGCUUGUAACAUUGAAGAACACGCAAAUGCUUGGGCUCAGUACGUGUUCUAUGGCUGGAGCUGCUAUCUUGCGGGUGUUGCGAGUCUUGUCUACAUUGACUUCGGAUGUGAUCAAUAGUAGACACAAACAAGAUGUGGGACAGGAAGAGCAGUCAAUUUUGUGGGAUCUGAAUGUAGGUCUUGAGCCUUUGUGGCAACAAUUAAGUGACUGUAUAAGUGCCACAGAGGCAAAACUUGUACAUACAAUUUUCGCUUCCCCUGCUCCAUUGGUGGAUGCUUUGGAAGCUGGUGCUUCGUCCUCUUCUUCCCCACCACUUCCUCCAGGCACACAACACCUGUUGCCCUUCAUAGAAUCCUUUUUUGUUCUAUGUGAGAAGCUUCAAACAAAUCAAGCAGUUGCACAAUCAGAUUACACUGUGAUUGCCACUGAAGGGAAAGAAUUUGCUGGAAGUUCGUCGUCACCAUCACUGAAGGCUGGUGGAAUCUGCAAUAUUACUUUUAUAAGGGUUGUGGAAAAGCAUCGACGACUCCUCAAUGUGUUCAUUCGACAAAACCCAAGCUUACUAGAGAAGUCACUUUCUAUGAUGUUGAAAGUACCUAGGCUGAUAGAUUUUGACAAUAAACGGGCUCACUUCCGAUCGCGCAUCAGACAGCAACAUGACCAGCAUCUUUCAGCUCCUUUACGCAUUAGUGUUCGUCGGCCAUAUGUUUUGGAGGAUUCAUAUAAUCAGUUGAGAUUACGUCGUAGCCAGGACCUCAAAGGUCGCUUGACUGUACAAUUUCAAGGAGAAGAGGGGAUAGAUGCUGGAGGACUAACUAGGGAAUGGUACCAACUGCUCUCAAGGGUUAUUUUUGACAAAGGAGCUCUUCUCUUCACCACAGUUGGAAACAAUGCAACUUUCCAGCCUAAUCCCAACUCUGUUUAUCAAACGGAGCACCUUUCUUAUUUCAAGUUUGUUGGUCGAGUGGUUGCCAAAGCAUUAUUUGAUGGUCAGUUGUUGGAUGUCCACUUUACCCGUUCAUUUUACAAACACAUCCUGGGUGCUAAAGUAACUUAUCAUGAUAUAGAGGCUAUUGAUCCCGAUUACUACAAAAAUUUGAAGUGGAUGCUGGAGAAUGAUGUAAAUGACAUUCCUGAUUUAACAUUCAGCAUGGAUCCUGAUGAGGAAAAACAUAUCCUCUAUGAGAAGACUGAGGUUACUGAUUAUGAGCUCAAACCUGGUGGACGAAACAUCAGGGUCACCGAGGAAACAAAGCAAGAAUAUGUUGACCUUGUAGCUGAACAUAUACUGACCACAGCAAUCCGUCCUCAAAUUAAUUCUUUCCUUGAAGGCUUCACAGAAUUAGUUCCAAGGGAACUAAUAUCUCUAUUUAAUGAUAAAGAACUCGAACUAUUGAUCAAUGGUCUUCCUGAAAUUGACCUCUACGAUCUUAAGGCAAAUACGGAAUAUAUCGGUUAUUCUGCUGCAUCUCCUGUCAUUCAGUGGUUCUGGGAAGUUGUUGAAUCAUUCAGCAAGGAGGACAUGGCAAGACUACUACAAUUUGUUACUGGAACAUCAAAGGUACCAUUGGAGGGUUUCAAAGCACUACAAGGUAUUUCUGGUCCCCAGAGAUUUCAGAUUCACAAGGCGUAUGGAGAUCCAGACCGGCUUCCUUCUGCUCAUACCUGCUUCAACCAGUUGGACCUACCGGAAUAUACCUCAAAGGAGCAAUUAGAAGAGCGCCUGCUUCUUGCCAUCCAUGAGGCUAGUGAAGGUUUUGGCUUUGGCUGAUCUAUUCUCCAGAGUGCUAACAGCACACUGGGUCAUUGGUUUUUUGCUUGCCAUGUACAGAUUUUGAUGGCAAUUGUGAUGGUGGUCACAGAUGCUAUACAUAACAUAGAUCAGGCCAAAGAGGUAUUAGGAAUGCUCAAGAUGAAAUCUCAAUCCAUUUUUUUUUUUUGGGAAUAGUUGAUCAGGAUGCCCGGAGGGUACAGUAUGAGCUGUGUGACAACGAGAGUGAUGAUAUAACUAGCUUCCAUUUGCCUUCUAGUCCAAGUUUGAGUGUAAAUUCGUUUCAUGCUUUUUUUUUACCAAUCAGUCUGGUUAUCUUUGUACCGCUUCCUCUGAUUAUAGGGGCCAAAGCAGUUUCUGCAUAUAAAUAAGCUAUCUGGUAAUAUGCAAUCCCUCUUUUCUGCA